GAGUGAAAUGGAAGAGGGGAAGAACCUUCACUUGGCCGAACUGGCUUGGGAUGUGAAACGACGCCUCAGGCUUAAGGAGCUGGAAAGAGAAGUGUGCAGGGAGCUGCGCCUGGAGCGCCGAAUCCGCUGGUCGGUGAUUGGACAGCCUGGUAGCCAGAUGGGAGAUUGGAGACCCCUGGGCAUGGAGACACACACACCUCUGGGAAUGGACUCUCCCUUCAGACACUCCACCUCCUCGAUGGACACUCUUUCCAGUCAGAUCUCGACUGAGAACUUCGAGGUUGCUAGGCUACAUACUGCCAGACCACAUAUUGCCAGACCACAAACUACCAGACCACGUUCUGCCAGACCACCAACUGAAAGACCUAGCAGUGACUCUGAUCCCUCUGGAACCUUGUCUUCUGUGAUGACCUGCUCACCACAUUCAGCUAGCCCGUCAGUGGUAGGUCAUUUUGGUCAUGAACAUGUUCCCAGCUUUCACUCUUUGGGGGCUGUAGACAUAUUACUGCUUCCCUGUCUCCCAUCUACUGGGAAAUCCAUAUCCAAGUACAGUGGCAAGACAAAGUAUGUCAACCCUUUGGAAUUACCUGGACUUCUGAGUAAAUUGGUCAUAAAAUGUUAUCUGAUCUUCAUCUAAGU